AUGAAACCCGAGUCGCGGAACAGCGUUGUUUCGGUUAAAUUAAUUGCAAGCCAUCACCGUUCGAAAACUAUUUUGAAUUUGUAGUAAAACUUUUUUUUUUUUUUUAUCUUUAUUAUAGAGACUUUCAGCCUCGGGCUGGUUCGUCUUUGUAGUAAAACAAUUUGGAACAUGAAUUAACAACCAAGCUUAGCAAAGAUUGAAGAAAAAAGGCCUUUUGUUUUGUUUUUUUCGUCCACCGCAGUUGCUUCGCGUCGUCUGUCUGCGUUGAAAUAUUUCAAGGGUAGCUGGAACUAGACUGGACGUGUUUCUGUGCUCUAACCAUGGAACUAAUCGAGUUCGGAAACCUUCAAAUUCCCGACCAAAUUCAGCAUCCACAUUGCAUCCACCAGUCGGGAGUUAACUACGUGGUCUCCACCAAGAACAGUAUUCAAAUUUUACAGCUUAAAUACAAACACAUCAAUGAGGAUGGUUCUCUCAACUAUAUUCUUUCGAAGAUCGAUCUCUCUAAGGAAACGCCGACAAGUAAGCUGGCCACCAAAGAGGUCGAAAUAUAUAAUAGUUCUGCGAGGGACGAUCGGGCCACGAUUCUGCUGGAUCAAACUAUCGCUCCUCAGGUGGCGCAACUGUACAUCAAUAAUGUGGCGGCAGUAGCUUCCCCAGUCGGAAUUUUUUCGGAUCCAAACAGUUGCCUGGUAGCGCAUCUUACGAACAUGGGACAACUGACCCUGCAGCGGUACGAUGAACGGCAAAGAAUUUGGACUCCCUAUGUGGACAUAUCUGCCAUGUGGAUAGCACACUUUCAUGACAAUAACCCGAUAAAAAAAUUCAAACAUCUUCAACCUAUUUUACACGAUUCUACAAUCACGUGCGUCUGCUGGCGUGAACAGAUCUGUAACAAUGCAGUACACUUUGCCUUCGGAACCAAAUCUGGCAAGAUUGUCAUUUGCAGUCUUCUUGCUGAUAGCGUGCGAGUCGAAAGCAUCACAGUUAGUUCUACUAAAAUAACCAAACUAAAGUGGGUCACAAUAUCUGAACAAAUCAAUAUUGUUCUAGCAUGCUUACUGGAUGGCCGAAUAGCAGCAUAUCGAUUCCAAACGAAUAUGGAUUCAACUGUCGGGGAUGUGAUUGAGCUCCCCAAUCUGUGGGAUGACGCAGACCAUCUUCCAGUGGGAAGCUUGAAUGUUGAUCUAUUUGGAGAGGCCCAGCAAAUGUUGAUCGUUUUAACAAAAGGAACGCACUUGAUUGCACUGUUGUGCAAUUUUUAUGGAGAGGUCAAAGCGAGUGCUUCUGAAAACCUGAACAACUUUAUGAUAACAGGUUUGCAACAAAUUGAAGGGAACACGUAUUUGAUUGCCACUCUAGUCGGAGCAAUUUUCAUGGUGACCAUUAACAACAUCAAAUCAGUACAACUGUCUAUCGAAUACCGACUAGUACUGUCCGACAUGAAUCCUAGCAAGUACUCAAUAUACGGACUGGUUGCAACCAAAAAUCGUACAUGCUGCAUUUUGGUAGGCUACCCAGCGAAAAGUUUCGAUCAUCUAAGCAUCAGAUCUCCGACGGUUUUACUAUUCUAUCAGCUCACAAUGAAGGAUCCACUAAAGAUUUUGCUCGCAAAUCCAACGCUCCGCAUGACCGACUAUUACGACUGCGCCGAGGUCAUCAGAUUUCGAGGGAACAGAAAUGUAAACACCGUGAAAUCUCUCGAGGAUUUGGCUGCUACUCCAGCUAACGUGGACGACAGCUACGCUUACGCUUUGAAACUACAACUAAUUCAACUCGGUUCAAGGCUGAGUUACUUCAAGAAACGUUGUCUCCCGAUAGCGGAUGUUCUUUUCAAUCAAUCACAGUUUGUAACUUUGGUUAUCGAUGUCCUGCAUGCUACCAAAAUUAUUUACUACAUGUUACACAUAAAGCAAAUGCAGCUGUUGAAUUAUCGACAGCUGCUCACAAUUCGCUGCCUAAAAAACUUCAUCUUCGAUUUUACGAACGACCACUUUCCAGGAGAUUUUGAACACGUUCAUCUGUCUCUGAAACCAAUCAUGGCACAGGUCAUGGCUAAUGCUCAUCAGAUGCUCAGUGAAACCAACGUUCCGUUGCCCCAGGAAGAGUGUACCUUCUGCGGAGAACUAAUCCUCGAAAACAAGCUAACCUGCAGUCAGAAUCAUCAAACGUUCCGCUGCUCCGUUACCAGGAUACAGAUCCCGCUUGAGGACACGUUUGACACGGAAACGGUGUGCGAAACGUGCGAUCGCUACUCGCUGGAUGCGGACGAGCUGGCUAAGAUUUUCUACGCCGACGGUGGUCAGCUGAACAUUUACUAUAAUUUCUGCUGCGUGUGUGAUAUGCAAUUUCGCAGGCGCAGUGUGACGUGAGCUGAGCUACGGUAAGAAAUACAAAGUUCUUAAAC